AUGCCGGUCUGGAAGUCCUUUCGCUACGGAAACGUUGUGAAGGGAAAGCUGCAUCAGAUAGAACUCGUCAAGAUGAAAGUCUAUGGAUACGUAAAAGCAGGGAUGGAAAUGCUAGAGAGGAAACAAUACGAGCAAGCACACGGACAUUUCAAAGAGGUCAUAAAAAACCAGCCGGGGAACUUUGAAGCACACUUCGGAUUCGCUCAAGCACUGUGCGGGAUGGAAGAAUUCGAGCACGCCGUCCCUCAUCUCCGGUUUAUAGCAGAGAGUAGCAGCCUGGCCACCGAAGUUCGAAGUUUGCCAGCCAAACACCCUGAUAAUCCGCUCGACUCCAGCAGCUUAAACCCCAGCUUCAUCGCCGCUCCAAGCCAGUCUCUCGCGAUCCAAUCGCUCAUCCAGUGGGGAUCGGCGCUGACAAGCCUGAGCGAGUUCUCCGACGCUGCGACUCUGUGUGAGAUUGUUCUCAGGCAUGACAAGAACAACGCUAGCGCCGAGAGCUUGAAAGAGAUGGUGCGAAAGAGACUAACUCACCAGGUAAUGGAAGCCAUGCAGACGGCUGAAUCCAAUCUCAGAGGCAAAUGGUACCAGUGCCCAGAGGGCCAUGUCUACGCUGUGGGAGAUUGCGGUCGACCAUAUGCGGAGUCGCGGUGCCCUGACUGUGGAUCGACCAUAGGUGGCCUCCAUGACUUAGCUGCAGGGAACAAGCACUGGCAUUAG